AUGAGAGAAAGAAAGAAAAAAAAAGAAGUAAUCGACGGAAUCCACCCAACUCCCCCCACUGACACCCCCCUGGUUAGCACGAGCGCCAGCAGCAGCAGCAGCAGCAGCAGCAACAGCAGCAGAAGGGGUUGCAUUAGCAGCAAAAACAGCAGCAGCAGCAGCAGCAGAAGCAGCAGCAGCAGCAACAGCAGCAGCAGCAGCAUGGGGCCCCCUGUGGGCGAGCCGCUUCACAUGGAUGCCCCGGGUGUGUGUUCUGAGGCAGCGCAGCAGCCUGCUGCAGAGAGUUCUUCUUCUUCUCCUCCUCCAUCAGCAGCAGCAGCAGCAGCAGCAGAGACAGCAGCAGCAGCAGCAGCAGCAGCAGAAGAAGAAGCUCCACAGGGAAAAGCAGAAUGGGAGCUAGAGAUAGAUCAGCAGCAACUCGUUGCCCCCCCUAUACCCCUCACUGACCUCGUUUCGGAGUUCAUUGCAGGCAGCAACGCCAGCAACAAAAUACUUCAUCUAGCAGCUCAAAAGCAGCAGCAGCAACAGCAGCAGCAGCAGCAGCAGCAGGGAGAAAUAGCUCGAGUCAGAAGGAUACGAAGAGACGGCUGCUGCUUCUAUCGUUCUUAUCUUUUUGGUGUUUUUGAGUUUUUGCUGCACAACAAAACGCAAAUUCAAAAAUUUAGAGAAAAAGUUAACACCGAAAUUAUACCCAAAAUGGAGGCGACAGGAUACUCGAAGGAAUCUACUGAGGAGUUUCUAGAUGGCAGCAACGCCAGCAACAAAAUACUUCAUCUAGCAGCUCAAAAGCAGCAGCAGCAGCAGCAGCAGCAGCAGCAGCAGCAGCAGCAGCAGCAGGGAGAAAUAGCUCGAGUCAGAAGGAUACGAAGAGACGGCUGCUGCUUCUAUCGUUCUUAUCUUUUUGGUGUUUUUGAGUUUUUGCUGCACAACAAAACGCAAAUUCAAAAAUUUAGAGAAAAAGUUAACACCGAAAUUAUACCCAAAAUGGAGGCGACAGGAUACUCGAAGGAAUCCACUGAGGAGUUUCUAGAUGAGGUGUAUGCGGCUCUGGAUAAACUCUCAAACCCAACUGCAACUCUGAAGGAUUUGGAAAACAUAUUCAAUGACCCCUCGAUCUCUAAUUACCUCGUCGUAUUCGCCAGGUGUAUAGGCACUGAGGUUGGCGACGGCGAGUGA